AUGUCUGCACGACAUACAAAAGACUUUGACUGGGACACAUUAAGAGGAAAUCAAAAUGAGUCUCAUUAUCUAGGAGGAACAACUAAAUGUCAUCAAUCUUGGUUUCAAAAAUAUAUUGAUAAAGAACAAGAAAGACUAAUUAAUAAACAACACACGGAAAAAGAAGACCAAAAGGUAUUAUACUCUACUUCAUUUUCAAAUUCAUUUUUAAAUAAAGAAAAAGAAAACAAUUUAAAGAAAAGUGUUAUUCAAACACUCCCUUCAUCUAAUGAAAUGAAAGAUUUUUCAAAACUAAAUGAAAAAGAAAAACUAGAAAAAAAACCAAAGAAAGAAAAACCAAAAGAUUUAGAAAAUAGGAAGAAAGAUGGAAUUGUAUCAAAGAAACUACAUUUUAAAAAAUAA